UAAACCCAACCUAUUCUUCUCUCACUCUUUUCCUCUCAAAAACCAAAAAACAAAAUGGUAUCACAGAGAAAAAGUUCCGCCUCUCGACCACCCAAAAGAAAAAAAAGGAAAAAGAAGUCAUCAUCGUCCGAUGAUAAACCUCCUUCGCGAUGUCCAAAGGCAAAUGAUAACGAUGUGGAUUCACCUGGAAAAUCGGUACCGAUCUGGGAGAAAUUGAAGGAGCAAUAUUCGAUAGAUCGAUCCAAACUCUGCGGCAACAGCUCGGCUAAUGAUAAAAUUCUGGCUGCCGGAAAAGUUGACGGCGUUGCUGCCAGAAAAGGAGUCAGAUCUGUCGCAGAAGGUACUGAAAUGAAGAAGCCUUGGUGUAAACUUAUAUCAGAGUUUCCGCAGGAUCCCAUUUGGCGAAAAAUAUAUCAAGAAUUUCUUCAUAUUCAAGAUUCAAACACAAACUCGAGAUCUCUGGUUAAAACAGAAACAAUUCCAUCCACUGCAAUGCUGAAUACAACAGUGGAGAUUUUUUUGCAACGUUUUAUGACUGGUGCGGGCAAAAAGCUUUCUGAACAUGCAAUGAUUUGCGUGAUAAAUCGUGAAGAGUCAGUCAUGAGCGAGCUGUGCUUACACGCCCCUGCUGUGGAUUAUCCGGACAAGUUACUCGCUAAUACAUUGUUUGAGGUUGUAUUCAAUGAGAGCCGGAAUUCGCCAUUCAUUUUGUUCGUGAAAGAUGCUGACAAAGUAAUGGCAGGAAACGCAGAAUUAUAUUCAACAUUUAAAACUCGGCUUGAGAAGCUUCCUAAUAAUGUAAUUAUUAUUGGUUUACAGUCGGCUUGAGAAGCUUCCUGAUAAUGUAAUUACUAUUGGUUCACAAUCGGCUUGAGAAGCUUCCUGAUAAUGUAAUUACUAUUGGUUCACAGUUGCCUUAAGAAGCUUCCUGAUAAUGUAAUUACUAUUGGUUCACAUGCUCAUAUAGAUAAUCAGAAGGAGAAAAUACUAUUUGAGAUCAGAUUGUCCAUGAAUAGAUGCAUGUGUUAUAUCUUUUCUAGUUUUAUAAUGUGUAUACAAUGUAUUAAGUUGCCUGUUAUGAAAAUUUAUUAUGGAUUGAA